AUGCCUGGCGGCAGUCAUGGAAUAUAUUGCUUCGAGGUGACGGAACGUAGCAACUACUACGAGGCAGCCGAAUCUGGAAACCUAGACGAGUUUAUUGGGCUGUACGAGGGUGACAACGAACGACUGACAGUGAAGGAUAGCAAAGGUCGCACAGCGGCACACCAGGCUGCCGCUACAAAUCGCAUCAACAUCCUUAGUUUCAUUCACGACCAUGGAGGCGACUUGAAUGCACAAGAUAUUUCCGGCAAUACGCCGCUUCAUGUCGCUGUCGAAAAUGACUCACUGGAUGCAUUGGAAUUUUUACUCAAAAUACCAGUUGCAACAAACAUUUUGAAUAAGAAGAAACUUGCUCCCGUACACCUAGCCACCGAGCUGAACAAAGUCAAUGCUUUACUCAUGAUGGGAAGAUAUCGAGACACCAUCGACAUUGAACAACGCGGGGAGCACGGUCGCACUGCGCUUCAUCUUGCCGCAAUUUACGAUAAUGUGGAGUGUGCACAUAUUUUGAUUUCCGACUUGGGCGCAUGUCCACGAAGACCCUGCGACAACGGUUACUACCCAAUUCACAAAGCAGCGAAGAACGCCAGCUCGAAAACGAUGGAGGUGUUUUUCAAAUCUAAAAGCUGCACUCGCGAGUAUAUGGUUUCCUUCAAUGAUUUCGAAGGUAACAUCCCUCUCCACUCAGCCGUGCAUGGAGGAGAUAUUAAAGCCGUCGAGCUAUGUCUGAAGUCGGGAGCAAAAAUAUCCGCUCAACAACGUGAUCUUUCUACACCCGUUCACCUGGCAGCGGCACAGGGCGCAAUAGAAAUCGUCAAGCUUAUGUUUAUGUUGCAGCCGCAAGAGAAACGCAUCAGCUUGUAUUGUACCGAUAUUCAAAAUAUGACCCCAUUGCAUUGUGCAGCCAUGUUCAAUCAUCCAGAAAUGGUGGAAUAUCUCGUUCAAGAGGGAGCCGAUAUCAAUGCCUUGGAUAAGGAGAACCGUUCACCAUUGCUGCUAUCAGCUUCCAGAGGUGGAUGGCGUACGGUAACGGUUCUCAUUCGCCUAGGUGCCAACAUUGGUCUGAAAGAUAUCAAUGCAAGAAAUAUACUCCAUCUCGUGAUUAUGAGCGGUGGUCGGUUGGAUGACUUCGCCAAAGAAGUCAGCUGUACUCAGCCUGAGGCUCACCUACUACAACUGUUGAAUGAAAAAGAUAAUACUGGUUGCUCUCCACUACAUUACGCCAGUCGAGAAGGUCAUAUUCGCUCUCUGGAAAACCUUAUCCAACUCGGAGCAUGUAUAAAUUUGAAAAACAACAACAACGAAAGCCCACUACAUUUUGCAGCCCGGUAUGGACAUUAUAACACAAUUCGACAAUUAUUGGAUUCGAAACGGGGGUCUUUUAUUAUCAAUGAGAGCGACGGAGAGGGGUUGACUCCAUUGCACAUUGCAUCUAAAGAGGGACAUACAAGAGUUGUACAGCUUCUGCUGAAUCGAGGAGCACUUCUUCACAGAGACCAUAAUGGACGCAAUCCACUGCAUCUGGCAGCUAUGUCCGGAUACACACAAGCCGUUGAGUUGCUACACUCGGUGCACUCCCAUCUGCUAGAUCAAGUAGACAAAGACGGAAACACUGCCUUGCACCUAGCGUCAAUGGAAAACAAACCAAACUCUGUGUCUCUUUUGCUAAGUUUAGAUUGCAAACUACUGCACAACUUCAUGGGCAUGAAUGCGAUAGAUUACGCCAUUUGUUACAAGUACCCGGAAGCAGCUUUGGCAAUGACCACUCACGAGGAACGAUUCUCCGAGAUUAUGGCCCUCAAAUCUGACAAACAUUCGAGUGUAACUUUGGCACUCAUUGCAUCGAUGCCGCAGGUUUUCGAAGCUAUUCAGGACAAUUGUAUCACCAAAGCGAACUGCAAGAAAGAUUCCAAGAGUUUUUACAUCAAAUAUUCAUUCCAUAUUUACCAAAUGUCCCAGGAAGAGGUGGAAAAUAUCAGGAAAAAACUAGACGACCCCAAAUGGCGCCAGCAACCCUUGCAUGUAUUGAAUGCAAUGGUCGCUCAUGGCCGUGUGGAACUGUUGACCCAUCCGUUGAGCCAGAAAUAUCUUCAGAUGAAAUGGAACUCGUACGGAAAAUAUUUCCCCCUCGCGAAUCUUAUGUUCUACAGUGUUUUCCUGUUCUUCGUGACGCUUUUCAUUUCUCAGCUCAUGGAAAACAGUUCGCUGCCUCUCCACACACUUGACAACGUGAGUAGCAAUUUUGACAAUCCUUCUACUAGCUUAACACUUAACAGCUUCCAAACCCAAUCAGUCAUGGCCAUCACAACUACCACGCUGGUUUCCGGGUUGAUCAUUAUAGUUUACGUCAUCUCCAACGCACUACACGAGAUGUUACAUGCGUACAGGCAAAAAUGGAACUACCUAAUGGAGCCGUUCAACCUCAUCUUGUGGAUUCUGUACUGUUCCGCCCUUAUAAUGGUGUGGCCAAUAUUUAACGGCGGUCAUUGUUACAGUGAAAAUUUUUCUGCUGCUUCGGUGACGGUGUUUCUGGCAUGGUUCAAUUUGCUGCUCUUUUUGCGACGCUUCGAUCAGAUCGGCAUCUACGUUGUCAUGUUUUUGGAAAUUCUGCAGACACUUUUGAAAGUACUAACAGUAUUUUCUAUACUGAUAAUCGCGUUCGGUCUUGCUUUCUACAUUUUACUGUCAAAGAUAAUCAACCCACAGGCAAACCAUGUAUCAUUCGCAUCAAUUCCAAUGUCGCUGGUCCAAACCUUCGCGAUGAUGCUGGGUGAAAUAGAUUUUCUCGAAACAUAUGUACAACCAUUCUACAGUUCGGAGUUACCAUUUCCAAUCCCUUCGUUUGGAAUUCUCUGUCUUUUUAUGAUACUGAUGCCGAUUUUACUGAUGAACCUCCUGAUCGGGUUAGCGGUUGGAGAUAUCGAAUCGAUUCGCCGGAAUGCCCAACUCAAGCGACUGGCAAUGCAGGUUGAGCUGCACACCGUGCUGGAGAGGAAACUGCCCCAGAAGUGGCUCGAAACUGUUGAUAAAAUUGAACUUACCGAGUAUCCCAAUGAGAAAAAAUCAGAGCUUGGAUUACUGGAUUCGGUUCUACGGAAGUGGUUUUGUAAUCCGUUUAUCGAUGACGACAUAGUUUCAGUUUUGUCUUGCAUGUUAUCAGGAGGUAUCGAUUUCAUUAUGAAUAGCCACGAGGAUUACAUUGUGACGGAGUUGGAAAAGCAGCAGCAUAAACUACGCGACAUUGAAAGAUUGCUAGACCACCAAUUACUUCGGUUGAUAGUUCAGAAAAUGGAAAUAAAAACGGAGGAAGAUGACAUGGACGAAGGUGUGACAAAAAACGAACACAAGGGACUGGCGGCCUUGAGAACUGCUUCACGUUGGUCAUCACCUAGGAUCCGGAAGAAACUACGAGCGGCAUUGAACUUCAACAAAUCUUUUAACAAGUAG